AUGAAACGAGAACCUGACCCGGUAGAAGGGUCUGAUAUCAAAAGAAUCAAGGUGGCUUGUAAUAACUGUAGAAGGCGAAAGAUCAAAUGUGAUGGAUCUAAUCCAUGUCUUCAUUGUUCCAACACCAAUAAAACUUGUGAAUAUGAUACUGUCAGAGAGAAGAAAACUCGAGGUAAAGGUAAGACUAAUAAGAAGAUGGAGCUUAAGGAUAUGAAUAAUCGUUUAUGUGUACUUGAAAGAUUACUAAUCAACUUAACUGAUAGAUUAACUGAUAAAAAUGCAAGAUCAACUAGUCCCGAAAGUGGAAGUCAGUCUUCACUGCCAUCUGGAGAACUGCAGUCAGGUGAAUCUCAAGCUAAUGAAUUAUUGGAUUAUGUUUCUCAAGAUAGUUCUCAAAGUGAAUUAGCUGAAGGUGAUGAUACCCCAAUACCCACACAAACUAAUACAGCCAAAGAACAACCUUCUAAUACAAGACCAGACAAACAAUAUUGUAGAUUCGGUAUACAUUCAGCAUACUCGAUUUUCUCAAAAGAUACUUUAGCAUGGUUGAAGCAGAAAGUUAAUGAUGAUAAAUGCUUAGUUGCCCUUUCAAAUAUUCCUUCAAUGUUCAACUUCCUUCUUAAAAAUAGUUCAUUACAGUUUCUAUGCCCUCCAACGAAAAAGUUUAUCCUUAGCAGAGGAAAUUAUGGAUAUUUCUCUCCAUGUAGAGAACUUGCCUUUGAUAUAAUUGAUUGUUAUUAUAAUGAUUUUUAUUUAUUUGAUUUCUUCUUCCCACAAACCCAGCUUAAGGAUUUGUUCGAGAAGUAUUAUUCUUUUACUAAUUAUAAGUUCAAAUACCCUGAAUUAAUUAUUAUGAACUUAUCUUUGUGUCUUUGUUUAGCUAAGAAAUUACCUGCAGAUUAUGAAAAACGAGCUAAAUUCCCAACAUUGAAAGAUUUGGAUGAACAGAAAUUAACAGAAUUGAAAGAAAGUUUCUUCAACAAUGCAUGUUGUUAUUAUGAUAAAAUUAAUGUGGUUAAUGAAGGUUUGAUUACCGUUCAAUGUAUUAUAUAUAUGAUUAAAGCUAUACAAACAUGUUGUGCUUGUGAUUCCCUGAUAAUUUAUAUGUUAUCAGGGUUAUUAGUACGAUAUGCUGAAGAAUUAGGAUUAAAUGAUAGCAAAAAAAUCGAAAAUUUCGAAGACAGUGAUUUAUGUAGAAGAUUAUGGUGGUUCUGUGAAUUAACUGAUAUUGAUACGUCUUUCAGAACUGGACAACCACCAGUUAUUAAUAUGAAAAAUAUAACCACCAACAGUGAAUUGGAUAAUGGGUUUAUCAAACUUCCUUUGAAUAUCAUGGAUUUGGAUUUCGAUAGUCUUUAUAAUAUCCCCGAACAGAACCAUACUAACAUAGAAUAUUAUAUGUAUUAUCAUACCCUGCUUAAUGGUAGAAUUGAAAGAUACAGUUUUGAACAAUUAUUCAGUGUUGAAGCACAAAAUAAAAAUCAAGAUCCGGAUGUCUUAUAUGGUAAAUUAGGUGAAAUUAAUUUAUUAGUAUUUAAAUUAAUGGAUGCUAUGGAUCCAAGAAUACGACCUGAUAUUAAAAAUGUUGGUUAUGAAUUUAAACAAAAGAUCAAAUAUGAUUUCAGUCGAGAAGCUUCCUUCUCCAUAGUGUUCUUACAAAUGUUCACUUUAAGUCAUUUAAUUAUCAUCAAUAGAAUGCCAAUAGUACAACAAUUUCCAGAAAUAGAUGAGAAAAUAAGGGAACAUACAAGAUUAGCUCACGAAUGUAGUAGAACAUUACUUCAACUUGUGAUGAAGUUUAGAUCAUGUUAUCCUCUUUCAAAAGCUGAACAUACUUGGAUCUUAUUUUAUCCAUUCUUAGCAUUUGUAGUAGUUUUGUCCAAUUUGGUGAUAUUUAAAGAAGACAAUUUGUUUGAUGAUGAAAAAUCAACAGAAGAAGAUAUUAAAUUAUUAGUGACAGUAGCUAAAGGAUUUUUCCAAACUCCUAAUGUCACAAGAAUCAAUAAUAUCGAAAAAGCUGAAGAAAAAUUAGUAUUUUAUGAUAUCUUGAUCAGAAUUCUUUUGAAAUUAUUACUUGAUUUCUUAGCUUCUGAUGAUAAGGAUUAUUAUGAUGAUGAGUUACGUGAAUAUGUUACAGAUAUAAAGGGAGUAUUGAAGAGAUUAUUAGGAGGACAAAAUGCAAGAUUCGCUAUGGUUAUUAAAGAUAUUUUGAACUGCUUUCCUUCACAUAAUGGUAAAAAUGCUCGACGGGAACCAACAUUGUCAAAUCUUAUUAAUGACGAUUAA